AUUAGAUACACAAGUUUGACGCGAAAGUGACGGAAGGACGGAAUUGAAUCUGAGUCAUGGAAGAAAUUGCGGAAAUUGAUAAACAAAUACUGAAAGAUAAUCACGAGACUAUCUGUGAGAAUUAAAAAUCAACGAGAGUUUGUUUAAAUUUCGGCUGGAUUUGCCGCAAUUGUCGCGUGUCUCUUUUCUCGGUGAUCGGAAUCAAUUCUCACUUCAUUAUUCACUGCAUUAUUUACUUCGCUAUUUUUUUUUUACAUCGCGAUCGAACGCGUUCGUCAAACUUGUCGACAACUGCUGAAUGAUGAUCGUGAAGCCUAUCGUUUUUUCUAGAACCGUUCAAGAGUCACAUUUGUAACGCCGUUGACGUUUGUCAAUAUAAGAUCAACUUAACCUAAGUCCUGAUCAAUGGAUUACGUACAGUUGAUUAAUGAAUUCUUUGAUUAAUCAAUGUUUUUCGAUCUCUGUCGCGUCCACAGCACACGAACAACAAAGUAUGUUGCCAUUUCCUAGCACAUUGGAAUAUAGGAGUAAAUGUCACAUGAUACCAAACUAGUUUGCUUCGCAGCUAUCUAAUUUGACUACAAAACACAAACUUUGAUUCCAAAACAUUUCGAGGAGGCCAGCGAUGACAUGUUUCGAGAUACUCAAAAAAUCGUCGUGGAGGACGGGCAAGCCCCGUCGGCGUCGUACGUCAUAAACAUUCGCAUGGAAGAUCUGUUGGAGAAAUUGAAGUUGUUGAAUUACGACGCGGAAUUCGUGCAAGAGCUAAAGAUGAAACCGAUCAAUAGGCAUCAUUUUGUAAUUCCGACGAAUCCCGGCGAGCAGUUCUACACGUUCACUUGCCUGGCCGCGUGGCUGAUUAGAAAAGCGGGGAGAAGCUUCGAGAUGCCGCAGGAGUCGGACGAUCCUAAUUCCACGAUAGCUCUGAUCCUGGAUUAUCUCAGGGAGAUCGACAUACCCGUGGAAUUCCCACCCAACAAGCUCAAGCAGGGCAGCGGCGAGCAUGCGGUUUACGUUUUGGAUAAUCUGGCUGAUAACGCUUUAAAGGUGCAACAAUUCAAGUGGAAGAGGAUAAAUAUCCCACCCGACGAGCCCACCCCGGAACCGGAUAUCGAGGACGACGAGGCGGAAUUAAUCUUGGAGAAAGUAGAGGAGGAAAUGAUGGCCGAUUACGACGACGACGAUCAGGAUAUCUUACAUAUAGACGACAUCACGAAGAUUUACGGACAAAAUAUUAGCGAGACGCAAAAACUGGACAGCAUUUUGGAAUCUACGACCAACAGGGAAGAGUGGCAGUUGGAACUGGAAAAAGUUCUACCUCGUUUGAAAGUGACCGUUAAGACAGACUCAAGAGACUGGAGAGCGCAUCUCGAGCAGAUGAAGCAAUUGCGCACGAAUAUCGCGACCAAUCUGAGCGGUACGAAGGCUCACUUGAGCAAAAUCUACACCGAUAUCGGGAGUGCCUUGGACAAGAUCAAAACGAGGGAAACUUAUCUCAAUAAGCAGCUCGAGCCGUCUCUAACGCAAUAUCGCUCGCUGCAAGAAGAACUGUCGAAAGUCAAGGAACAGUACAGAGACGUUAGCGGCGGCGUCACCGAGCGAACGCGAGUUCUUAAUAAAUUAAUGGAGAAGCUGGAACACGUGAAGAGAGAGAUGGACGAGAGAGGGUCCAGCAUGACCGACGGAAGUGAGUAUAUAGGAUACAGCGGGGUAAUUUGA